GCAAGGCUUCCCCUUCGCCUCCGCCGGGGUCCGGACCCGCCUCUGUCUCUGCACACCUGCUCUGGGGGUGCAGCAGUUGGAAGGGCGGCUGCUCGGAGCCCGAUCCACGGCCUCCUCCUCCCGAGGCGCACCAGGCAGCAGCCUCUUCCUUCGCCGGAGGGCUCCUCGUCCUGCUGCGGCGCCUCGCCGGCGGGAGCGGCUGACUGGCGCCGCCGCCAGCCUGGAGGGAGGCGGCAGAGAUCCUCGACUGCCCCGCUGUACAGUGGAAGGGGAGUAGGAGGGGAAGGUCCCUGCCCUGGACGUGUCAGGGCGCAGCUGCUUGGUUGGGAAGGGAGUCCGUCGGGGGCAGCCGGGGGCACCGGGAGGGAGGGAGCGAGCCGCCGCCCAGAGGCGCUGCUGCCGCUGCUUCUGACGGUGGGCUGCCCUAGUGGCCAAGCUGGGCUCGAAGUACCGCCAGGCGGCAAGAGCCUCCGCCGCCUCCUCUGUGUCUGAGCCGGGGAGGAGGAGGAGCACACAGAGGCAGCCGGAGCGCCAGGCCCGCACCCCGAGGCCAGCCAAAGCCCUGCCCAGGAGGAGGAGGAGGAGGGGGGCGCCCCAGCAGCCCGCUCACAUGAGGAUGAAGGGCGGCGCCGGGCUGGGCCAGAGCAGCCGCCGCCUCCUUCUCCUCCUCCUCGGGGUCCCGGCAAGUUGCGAGCGAGCGCCCCUCCGCCCUCCUGCUGCCGGCUCUGCCCCGUGGCGAGCGCUCUUCCUUCGCCCCGCCGCCAGGCGCUGCUCGCUCCUCUGCGUCCGGGCGCGGGCUGGUCCCGGCUCGCCGCCUCCUCCUCCUCCGGCCCUCCCUCCGCCCGUCCCUUGCCAGCAGCAGCAGCAGCUUUCGCUUCGCCUUCCUGCUCGCCCGCCCGCCAUGGCCCUGCUGCUGCUGGUCGGCCUGAGCGCCGCGCCCCCGACGACGACGACGACGACGGAGGUGUCCCCGGCGGAGCGCGGGCUGGUGCUGGCCUCGUGCGCGCUCUCCGGCCUGGGCUCCGGCCUGCUGGUGGCCACCCACGCCCGCUGGCCCGAGCUGCGCACCCGGCCGCGGCAGCUGCUGCUCUACCUCUCGCUGGCCGACCUGCUCUCGGCCGCCUCCUACUUCUACGGGGCGCUGCGCGACUUCCCGGCCUCGUCGUGGGACUGCGUGGCGCAGGGCGCCCUCUCCACCUUCGCCAACACCAGCUCCUUCUUCUGGACCAUGGCCAUCGCCCUCGACCUCUACCUCACCAUCGUCCGCGGCGCGCCGGGCAGCACCGGACUCCUCGCCGCCUUCCACGUGGUGAGCUGGGGGAUUCCACUCGGCAUCACGGCGGCAGCCGUUGCCAUGAAGAAGAUCGGCUACGAUGCCUCUGAUGUCUCCGUCGGCUGGUGCUGGAUUAACCUCAACGUGGAGGACCGGGUCCUUUGGAUGCUUCUUGCGGGGAAGGUGUGGGAGAUCCUGGCCUACGUGACAUUGCCCAUCUUCUACAUCCUCAUAAAGAAGCACAUAAAUCGAGCGCACGCGGCACUCUCGGAGUACCGCCCCAUCCUGUCGAGUGCCCCGUCUUCCUCCCCAAGGACUUCUGUAGCGGACAAGAAACUGACCCUGAUUCCAGUGAUAUUCAUCUUCCUCCGCAUCUGGAGCACGGUCCGGUUUGUGCUGACUCUCUGCAGCUCCCCUGCUGUGCGGAAUCCCGUGCUGGUGGUCCUACACGGCAUUGGGAACACAUUCCAAGGAGGAGCCAACUGCAUUAUGUUUGUGCUUUGCACGCGGGUGGUUCGGAACAAGCUUCUUUCUUGCCUGUGCUGCUGGUCGUACGAUAGCAGGGGUCAUUCUGUGUCAAGCCCAGAAACCCUCUUCCAGGAUCAGGCUUCUCCCAGCAAGGACUGGCAGGAAAGUGAGCGAGCAAGGGCUGAAUUCUCAAGCACCUGAGUUCCAAAGCAUCGGCACCUUAGCAAAGGACAUGGCCUUACUCAGCCUGGAUUGUAACUGCAAGCAAUGUGCUAUGAAGUACCUGCGGAGUUAGCUACUUGGGGAAACUAGCAACUGUUUGGAAUCGUCAUGGGAAAGCAGUAAUAGUGGCAUUGUGAUGGACAUAUUAUAUUGCUCACUGGACUCCAGCUUGCUUUUCAUUUCUCAGGGCUUCUUGGAAGAUGUUAUGCAGACGUGUUCCAGCUUCUGAUUUCAAAUGUUCUUCUCUUAAGAGGCUUUGUAGUUACUUGGAAUUGGGGCAUUCUUAAUAUAUUUUUUAAUUCUUAUAUUGGGUGGGAAGGCGGAAAUAUUAGUAAUCCUGAAGAGAGUGGGUUUUUCUCUUUUCUUUUAAAAGAGUAGUCAGUUUUGUGCCUAGGAUUGUUCUAUUCAGGGAAUCCUCCAGUAAAAUCUGCUGCUCUGUGCUUGAUGAUGACCUAACCGGGAGCCUGAUUCAGAGCUGGAUAAUGAUUCAGAGGUGGUAUAGCCCUUGCGUGGGGACUUGCACAGGGAACACAUUUGGUUUGAAAGCACACUCACUUCAAAGCCUCGCCACAGCAUAGAGGAAGGGAGAAAAAGAGGCCUGGACUUAACUUCUGAGGUCUGCUGUACAAACGGAACGUAAGAAAGGCCUAGACUAUACCUUACCAUGGAACUGUGGAAGGAACACUGUGAAAAAGCUGGAUGUUUCUAGUUAUGUUUGUCAUAUUAUAAACGAUGUGUUUGUUUUUUAAAUUUUAUUUUUAGAGCAAGGAGGAGACUAAUUUUGAGGCAUCUUGUAUUGCUGCUGCUCUAUUUUUUGUUUUUGAAUAAAAAUAAAAUGAUCACUCUUUUGGUCCUCAGAA